AUGAACUUCUUCGCCUCUCUUGCCCUUUUCGCCGGAGUUGCUCUGGCCCAGAACGCAGGAAUUGGUCUUCCUACUGCCGGCCAACAGCUCUCCAAGGGUAGCGACAUCGUUGUCCAGGUCCAGCGUCCGAACAGCCUGACGGGUUCAACGGAAAUGGCCGUUGCCAUCGGUAUCUCCUCCUGUGCAACUCAGGCUUGCGCUUCCCCGGAUGAGUUCAUGGGCACUAUCCUCUAUAAUGGACCAUUUAAGCCCGAGUAUCAUGAAUCUCCAACGCCUCCUUACCAGAACUUCACUGUCACCGUGCCUUCCAGCUUUACUGCUGGCAAUGCUCAGAUUAAUGUUGCUCAUGCUACAUUGAUUGGGGCUUCGCAAUAUCCUUUCCUGGAGGCACUCAACCGCACCGUCGUCGUUGUCUAA